UUCAGUUUGUGAUUGCAGAAUCACACUCAUGCCCAUCAGCACCACAGGAGUCAUGAACAAGCAGGAAAAAUCAGAUAGAAAACGAUCAAAAGCUAAAGCUAAACAAGAUGAAUUACCACCCUACGAGGCCAACAUUCCUGAGCCCACCACCAGAGAAGAGCUGAUGAAACACUGGAUUCCUCUCACUUUGAACAACAGAACCAAUCACAAGCUGCUCUGGAUCGGUGACGGCGGCUCCAAGGUGUCUCGAGUUUUCGAGCAACCAUGUCCUGUCCAGGAAGGACCCGAACGAUAGGAGUUCUACCCGCAGGUGGUGUGUAACGAGGGUCUGCUGGGAAGGCGCGGUUACUGGGAGGUGCAGUACGAAGGUUGGGUGGUGAUCGGGGCCAUGUACGAGAGCGGCGGCCGCAAAGUCAAAGACGGUUCCUGCGGCCUGGGCGAGAACGAGGGCUCGUGGGGCGUCGGCUGGGCCGGAUCCUACUACCAAGCCUGGCACAAAGAGGAGUGCCUGGACAUCAAGGAACGGCACUGCAACACCAUCGGGAUUUAUCUGGAUCAGCCGGCCGGCACCAUGUGCUUUUAUCUGCUGGAGGGAGAACCCAAGGAGGCGAGCCUCCUGUACCGGUACCAGACCAGCUUCAAGGAGAAGCUGCUGCCAGCCUUCUGGGUGGGGUUCAAAUCCUCCUGCAUGCUACAGAAGAAAGACGAGUGAGAGGAGGACGGACCGAGGAGGAAUAUCACGUCCGUUUUGCAUCCUUAACGAUAUUUUAUCUUCAUUUAUUAGUAGGACAGUCGGACGAGAGCUCGUUCGCACGUCCAUUAAUGUUAGCCUACACCAUGUAUUGUAGGUCUUUGUAUGCAAAUAAGUUUAUAAUAAACAAAAACUUGUAACCUUU